AUGCAAGACUUUGAAGAAUUCGGUGAGGUAUUCGAAAGAUGGCUCGGAAGUUCGGAAUUGUCACAAUUAAAACAAAGUAGAGGGAUCAGUUCGCAAAAUGGUACGCCGCUGCCGCCGCUACCUCCGCCACCGUACGGAAAUGAUAAAAUCAAAAACGUAGCAUGCAACGGAAAUAAUCAAGGAAAGAGAAAAUCGAAAGAAAUGAAAUCGAUAGAAAUUCGAGACGAUUAUUUGAAUUAUUACAAAUCGAAAUCUCUACCGUCGAAAAAAAAUAAAAACGACGGAAACGGAAGGAAAAGACCGAUGAUGAAAGACGCCUACUCGUUUUCGUCGGAGAAAGGAAAAACAAACGAAGAAAAAGAAUGGUCGGAUGGUUUGAUGGCGGAUUUCGAAAAGUUGAUAGCUAUGGAAUUGAGCCAAUUGAAAAUGGAAGCCAUGAAAGAAGAAGAAGAAAGAGGAGGAGGAGGAAACAACAAUCAAGAAUUUUCAUCGACGUCACCGAAUUCGGAUUCAUCCGCGAGUACGGAUAGUAACAGCAGCACCGGAAGUUUAAAAAGAAAUUCGAGAUGUUUGAGAAGGAAUUAUUCAGAUGGUUCGACACCGAGUCUAAACGACGACGAACGCGGGAACGAUAAUGGAGUUGUCAUCAAGGUGAGAACCGCCGCCAUUGAUGGUAGUCAAAGACGCGGAUCGGAUUCUUCACUUCCGCCGAGGCGACAAAGGAGAAAUCCAUCGCCGAUGGGUAUAAAAGAAUUUUUCAGAAGCACAUCACCGUUUGGUAGAAGAGUAAAAAAAGAAAUUUCGAGCAUAAAGAAAGUGGAAGGAGAAGAAGACAAUUACGGGAGACACGUUGAUUCCAUGCCACCCCCGAUACCGACAAAAAGGAAAAAAAAUUCCGAUCGUAAAAUUCCAGCGGGUUUGCAAAAUUUUUUAACAAAGAUAAGACCCGUCGGAAUAACGAGACCAUCGAGUCCUUUGCAAUUGAAAAGUGACGCAUCUUCCGGUUUCAACACAAUGAACAGUUCCGUCGGUGACGUCGAAGAUUCUCUCGACGCCAUUUUGUCAUCGGUAAGCACUGCGACACAAACGUCACCGCCUCUCUCGCGAAGUUCAAGUUUCACUUGGAUGUCCGAUUGUUCAUCUUCCAUAAUACUAAACACUCCCGGAUCGUUAUCCGGAGGAAACGACGAAAAAUCGUCGUCCUCCGGUAGAUCCUCGUCAUCUUCUCCGAUCAUAUCCCAUCACGGUAACGGUUGCGAAAGUCAAUGCGAUUGCAUGACGACGGGUUCAAGGGAUUCGUCGGAAGAUUCGAGAGAUUCGGGAGAUGCGACUCAAGAAGAAGACACCAAAGAACGACAAAAACUAUCGAGAAAAGAAACUUGGGAAAAAAUUCGAAGACGAGAUUCCGAACUUCUUAGACUUGGUAAAAGAUCGUAUUCGGACGAAGUCGACGUUUGGAUAAGACGGGAAAGCGUGUACACGCAAACGCACGAAGAAGAACGCGGCGACGGGUCGUACGAAGAUAUUUUAGAGGAAGAACAACAACAACAACAACAACAAACAACGUCGUCGUCGAACGUUAUGAAAUGGUUAGAAAACGAUCAAUUCGAUGAUAAACUCAUACAGGGGCUACCGCCGAGACCAAAGAACGAUUAUACAAUUACGACCGAUUCGAACGUCAAAUCACUUCCGCAUGAAAAAAAUCGUGGAAGCAACCGUCCGCAACAUUUGUGCAUAUCACCAUUAACGGUGAGAUCACUUCCAAGUCCGACGGAAUGCGAACAACAAAAACAACAAGACCAACAACAACAACAACAACCCUCGUCACCAUCUACGGCUUCAUUAAAACUCGUUGGAUCCCCGAUGACUUCCGAUUUGGGUUCUCAAACAACCGAGAUCGCAAUCGGAACGUCAUCUAGCAGGUAA